AUGCUGGUGUUCCCGUGGUUGGUGACGUGGACUGGAAUCGUCGAUGGACAGUCGGUAAAAUUUAAGGCUGUGACACCCUACGCAGCAGGUCAACAUAGUGUACAAGUCAAAUUUCUAGAAAACCCAGGGACAUCUACGACAGGGUCAUUCAUGGUAUCUACGAUAGAUGCAGAUGGAUUUCUACUCGAGAGUGCGAGCUGUGCAGGUGUCACGAUUGUACCGGGUUCUAUUGCAGACGCAGUGUUCACGCCGCAGUUGGCCCAUCCUGGAAUUGCUUCCCGAGUCGAUAUUUCAUUUACGACUUCCGCAGGGCUGGCAGAGAACAGUCUUUUGAUACUUGAGCUCCCAAGUGGAGACUAUGAUGCAGCUGUGCCAGGUCUGUCGGUUGUGGUUGCAACACCAGCAAGUUUCAGCGCCACUGCGUCGUGGAAUAGUACGAACGCUGCUCUCUUGAUUCUAGUAUCCAGUUCGACGACCAUUCCUCACGGCACUGCGGUUACUUUACAAGUGACGGCGUUAGAAAUGCCGCAAUCGACACGAGCAACAUCUACGUCUGCAUCGAUCCAAAGCUGGAAUGCCAAGGGUCUGAAACUAGAUGAGUCUAGUCCACUAACUCUCAGUGCGAUAACAGCAGUGCAAAGUCUCCCCUGCACGUGGUCUACGGAGACUCCGAAUCCGGGAAUCACGUCAAAUGUGCUGGUCACUUUCAAGACGAACGGAAAAGUUCCAGUCGGAGGCAAAAUUGUUUUGAGAAUCCCAACAUACGAUUUUUACGCCAACUCAUCAGGGAGGGCCCCCUCGGUCGUGUUUAAAUCUCCGAGUUCAGUCGUCGCCACAGCGACAUGGGAUGUUUCAAACGCUGCACUCGAACUGGUCGUCGCAAAUGAUUCUAUCCCAGCCUACCACGCCGGCGUCCAAGUGAAGAUCAUGAAGCUUGACACUCCAAUAUCGGUACGAGCUGCCUCGAGAUUUCCAGCCUCGGUGACGACCUUUGAUCCUGUUGGAGUUGCAAUUGAUGGUCCUAGCGUACUUCAGAUGGACGCUAUCACAGCUGGCAACAUUCUGGGUGGUCGUCUGUGGACCGCAGUGAACGCAGUGGCUGGAGUUACGAGCGACCAAACCAUCGAAUUAUUCCUUACUGGUCGAAUAGAUCCUGGAGGGAAAUUUGAGUUCACGCUUCCUGAUUCACAGUGGAGUAUGGCAGCGUCAGGUGUGGCAACAUUUAUUGUUCCAAACCUCACUGAUGCUGCUGGCUCAGUGGUGUGGGAUACGGUCACUCGAAUGAUGACUGUGACUCUGACUGGGACGACGCCUAUUCUCUCAUACUCUGGAGUUACGCUACUGCUUCGAGACGUCUCCAAUCCACCAAAAGAGACGGGAGUUCACAACGCGUACCUCACGACUAGAGCUGCUGACAACAGAAUCAUCGACGGACCUGACACACUUUCUGUCAUGACCAUUUCGCGAGGAGCUCUAGCGGGAACAAAAACUUGGGCUUCUAUCACAACGACAAGUGCCAGUAUGCAGAGCGACCAGCGCUUCAAGUUCACAUUGAGUGGAGCUCUCCCAAGUGGUAGUAUCAUUCUAGUUACCCUCCCUGCUGGUGGAUGGCGAAUGGCAAAUAGUGCCGUGUCAGAAGUGUCUUUUAGUCUCCCGGUAUCGGGAGUAACUGCUCACUCGGUUAACUGGUCUCCUACGACGUAUGAGCUGCGUGUUGUCACGGAUGGGGAUAUGAGUGAAGGCACUUCGGUGGAGUUACUUGUGGAGGACAUGAUCAAUCCCUUCUCAAGCUCAGUUGCUGGCACAUGUACAGUAACAACGAUGUUGUCGGACGCUGGGGUUGUCGCAGAGUCGAGGGAUAUCGCUGUGAAUGCAAUCACGAGCGAUGUGUUGGCCACAGAGGGGUCAUUAGUGUCCAAAGUUGCAACACCGGGGGUUCUGUCCACGCAGACAAUUACGUUCACAACGGGAGGGAAACUGGAGGCAGGCGCAAAGUUUUGCAUCACAUUUCCAGACGGAUGGACACUCAUGGCCUCAACUUUUGCCUCGCUAACUUUGCCUGCACCCACGCAGUCUUCCCCGCUGACGCGUGAGCUAAACGCAACAAGCCACACUCUUUGUAUGCAGACUGCAGUGGCGAUUAACCAAGAAACGGUUGUUUCAAUUGUCUUGACGGAUAUCCUUUCUCCGGAAUCGGUCCGGUCAGAGCAAGGGGCAAAGCUCGUUAUCCAAAGCCAUUUGGGUGGUAACGUGAACACAGGAUCGAUUCGCAUGAAUGCAAUAGCCGAGGGGGCGUUAACGGGUCCGCUUAUGUGGCAAACGCUGAUGCUCAGUCCGGGUCCAGUUGCUGGCUUGAGAACCUCCGCUAGCUUGGCUUUUAAAACGACAGGACAUGUGGCGGCAGGAGGCUCUAUCGUGGUGGAACUCCCGUUUGAGUGGGUCAUGGCAUCCACGUGUAAAGCGACGUUCGUUCGUCCAGCUGUGCUGGGGAAAGUUGCCUGCAGUCAGAACAACAUCAGCAUCCUCAUGUCGGACGACCUGGUUGAGGCCACGGAUGUAAAUAUCUCCUUUACCGGUGUGUACAACCCUCCUCUCGUGAGGCCUGAAGGAGUCGCGUCGUGUCGAACGAUGGCGCCUGAUGGAGGAGAGAUCGAUGCGAGUAAUUCGGUCACGACAGGAGCUAUCGUAGCCGCAGUGACAGGAAUUACUAACUCGGGUGAUCAUCUCACAGCUGUGGUUGGACUGGCUAAAGUAUUCACUUUUGAAGGAUCUGCUUUGGCCGAGAAUGACGUCGUCAAGUUCGUGGACGCGAGCACAAGCAACGACGCGAAUUGUGGCGAAUCCACCACCGGUCAAUCAGAUGUUGGAGGUGUGGGCGUCAAGUAUUUGAGUGCGAAUCGAGAUGUUUCUGUCAAGUUUUCGCAGUCGUCACAGGAUGGAAAACGGUUUGCGGUUUGCUACAAGUUCGGUCACAAUCCGUUCAAGCUGUAUGCAGCACUCGGCAUUAUGGUCAAAGAGAUUCAGUCGGUGAGCUCAAGUGUUGGAUUUCCGGAUAUUGCAGUAGCAGAUUUUGUGAAAACUUGGACGUUCAAUGGUAACGGGAUUUCAGGUGGAGAUCAGGUGCGGUGGAUCGACCUUGACGUUGCACAGAGUGCAGCAUACGUUUCAACGCCUCCCGACUGUCUCGACACAUCGACCCUGGCAAAGCUCGCGUCUCCUACCUCUGAGACUCUAAUGGCGCCAGAAGAUGCCUACACUCGCAUCAUUCAGGGUGACUCGAACGUAUCUCUUGCAUUCUCAGCGGAAAGCAGUGGCAGGACCUUUUGCCUCUGCUUCAAGUUUGGGAGCGAGCCAUUCAUGGUCUAUCCAGCGAUUAAAAUACGAGUCAACGAUCUUCAGAGAAUUGAAACCACAUCCACUGGAAGUGACGCGGCUGCCGUGGCAAAUGCUCCGAAAUCUUUCAAGCUUCUCGGUGAUGGUGUAGCAUUGAAUGACCGCUUGUACUUUGUCGAGUCGGGUAGCGUGGCGUCGUGUGAAGAGAGCGACAAUGACAAAUCCCUGCGAUUGCUGCACGUGAUCAACGCCCAAGAGCAAAGCGUUCUUUUCGCUGACGGCAAUCUUGUUACCACCAUCAACUUCGAUUCCUUCGCUGCAGGAAUGACGGUCGUGCCAUGCUAUCAAUUCGGAAUGGAGCCAUACCAGCUGUACCAGAGCAUCCGCUUGACUGUUAAGAUGGUCAAACGUUACACUGGAACACUAGGCUCCCCUCAACUUGCGGUAGCGGAAGUUCCGGAACCGCUUACGUUUCUUGGAUACGGCUUAAGCGGUGGCGACCUGGUCCGGUGGAUUUUGAAUGGAGAAGAGGACUGCGAGAGUAAUCUCGCUUCUUUGACGGAUCUCAACACGCUGGGACGCGUCGAUACAAUACCGUUGGGCAGCAACAGUGCAGCAGUCUUCAACUUUUCCAGUGUGCAAAGCGAUUUCAAUCCAGUGUUGUGCUACAAAUUCGGAGAGGAAAACUUCAAAUUGUACUCUGAAAUCUCAAUAGCGAUAGGGACGAUUCGUGCGAAGUCGCCACAGACAGGAGCCAAAGAAAUCGCCGUGGCAGGUUCGCGAAAGGAUUUUACGCUUUUGGGAACGAACCUCGCAGAAGGAGACCGAGUCGGCUGGACUUCCGUCAUCGAUUCGAGUAUUCCGUGCUCCAACUUGAGUCUGUUGAUCCCGAAUGCGAUGAAUCUCGAUAACGACUAUCUGUCGUAUCUCACUAGCAUCUACACUUUCGGGGUCGCCUUGUCGCCGCUGAGCUCGGGAAAGCGCGUGUACCUUUGUUACGGAUUUGGCCAGGAGCCCUUCAAGCUGUUCACGGACCUGUACGUGGAUGUCAAGAGCAUCACAAAUAUGCGAGCACUGAUGGGAAGCCCCAGUGUCGCAGUCGCCGGUGCUCUUAAAACGUUUUUAUUCGACGGAGACGGCGUGGCGACGGGGGAUUUCGCGAAGUUUGUGUCUAGUAGUAACAGCAGCGAUUGCACUGACCCCGGCGUCACUUUGAUGAACAUCAUUAAAGAAUAUGACGACUACGACGAGAUGGCCAUGUUCUUGUAUGAAAUCUCAGCCAGAACUGCCACCGGCAGCUUUCAAGCAAGCGAUGACACGAAAUCCGCGGGAUUGAAGCGCGUUUUGUGCUAUCGAUUCGGGGCGGAACCGUUCGUAUUUUACGAGAACUUUCACAUUGACGUAAAAACAGUUUGGAGGCUUCGUCAGACGAGCCCAAAGGCAGAAGGACAGAACAACGUAGUGGUGGUCAACGAGCCAAAGCAAAUGACGAUCGAUGGAGUUGGUAUCAGCGUAAAAGAUACCAUGAAGUUUGUCAACGCGGGGACGAACAUGAAAGAUUCUGAUUGCGUGGAUCUACCAGCUCAAGGUCGGACGAAGCAACAUCUUCAAGUGGCGACGGAUCUGACGGUAGCACUGCCGUUCGAGCAGGGCUCCAAUGGAAGCACGUGGGUCCUUUGCUACAAGUUUGAUGAUGAGCCUUUUCGACUGUACGCUUCCAUUGCAAUUACAGUUAAGCAAAUCACAGCGCUACUGGACUAUACGUUCCAAGACGUUGCAAGCUUGGGGAGAGUGGCCACAAUCGGACAUCGUAAGCAGUGGAAACCUGUGGGGUCAGGGAUCCAAGAGGGGGAUACAGUCAAGAUCGUGCCGCAAAGUGUGACUUCGAGCUUAGAGUGUGGACAAGCCGACGCCAAUAUUGCAACUGGGACAGCAACUAUGCGUGUGGAUAAAAAGAUGACAUUUUCGGGAACCAUUUCCGCCUUCCCAGCUUCCACCAGAGACGUGUAUCACUUGUGCUACCAGUUCCAGGACGAGGCGUUCACGUACAUUCGCGACUUUACCCUGACCACGUACGGUAUUAUCAGUAUGGACCGCGGUGUUGUGCUUGAAAGCGCCACAACUACAGCUCAAGUCUCUGGAUUCCGUCUCUCGGACACGGACGAAAUGGGCUGGACUACCAGCUCAACAACUUGCACUACAAUACUCGGACGCACGGAAGUGUCGGGGAUGAAGGCGAGCCUCAAUUUCGCUGAUACUUACUCUCGGCUGUACUUAUGCUACAGCUUUGAUCGUCAGCCUUUCGAUAUCUUCAAAACUGUGACUCUGACUGUGGCCAAGGCUGAGAUUUGGACCCCUCAAAUCGUGUCAGUUAUCGCAGACCAAACAACAGAAAUUGUCGUGUCUGGCACAUUUGGAAUCACGCAGGGCGCAGAUCAAGUUGCGUGGGUUCCUUCCGAUGUGGACGAGUGCUCCGCCGAUGCUGUCGCGCUGUACACAUCAGUGAUGCAAACGUCGGUAACAAGCGUCGCAAAGUCGAAGUCGAUCAUUCCUCACGCUGGUGAGGCUUCUUUUAGUGCGAAGUAUAUUGCGCCUCGAAGUGGAAGUGGAGUCACAGCGUCCGAUAGCUUUUCCACCUGGAAAUUAUGCUACAGAUUUGGAACUACACCGGACUAUAUCAUGUUUGGGGACGUUCUGUGUAAGGUGCUGAAUAUUGUCGAGGUGUUGCUAAUCUCGGCGGAGACGUCGAGUACUGCGGCUGUGAUGAAGUUCCAGUUCCAUGGAGUUGGCAUGCAGGACUUUGACGCUGCGAAAUGGGUUGACGCAUCGAUGGCUGCGAGUGACGCAGACUGCAAGACUUUGUCUGCGAUUGGAGGCAGUAAGAUCAGCGACGUAGUGAACUCUCGAGCAACAUUUACGUUCGCAGAGGAGAGCAGUGCCAUGGCACUAUGUUACAGAUUCUUAGGCCACUCGCUCAAGCUGUACGCAAAUAUCCCCAUCCAGGACUCGACCACUUCUCGAGCUAGUAUUGGACAGACCACAGCGACAAACUUCGAUGAAGAGGCUGCUGCUGCAGCCAGCGAUCAGUUUCCGGCCAGUCGAGAUGUUGCGACGAUAUCGUUGACACUUGACAAAGACAUCGACGCCAUCCCACCUGGUUCCAACGCUGAAGCGGCAUUUAAAGCCUCUUUCAUAGCCACGAUGGCGACGUCCUUGGGUAUCGACGCGUCUAGAAUUCAAAUCACAGAGCUAGUGGCAGGUUCCGUGGUUGUCAACUUCCAGCUUUUGGCUUCUGAGAAUCCCGCCGAUCCGUCGGUGAACGACGCGGUGCAAGACCUUCGUAGACAGCUUAUGGACACGAGUAGUAGUCUCCUCACUGGUAGCACAGUCGUCGUUAAGAAUCCUGCAACAGCACUGCGUGCCACUGUCACCUCAGCUUCAGCUCCAGCCACGUCUUCCGUGGCAAUUCAAGCUCUCGGAUACCAGGCGAACGGUCUUUUCUCAUUCGUCCGAAGCCUCUACAGCGUCACGGAGAAAUCGUCUAAACUAGUGAUUCCCAUUCUUCGUCGACAAGGGACGUCAUCGGUUGUUUCUAUCGCUGUUCAAGUCCAGACGACGGGAAGUACAGCGGUCUACAAUCAAGACUACUCCUUCUCAGCAUCCACUACCUUCGAUGAGUCCUUGAUGAUGCUUCAUCUGCGCUUUGGCAUCGGAGACUCCCUGGGAACAAUAGAUCUGGACAUACUGGACAAUGACGUCAAAGAGGCUCAUUUCAAGACGAUUUCUUUCUCUCUACGGAGUCCGACGACCGCUGGAGCAGCGCUGGGGUCCACGAAAGGGACUGUGGUUCGUAUUUACGACUACGGAGACGGAGACCCGCUUGUCCAUUCGAGUUUCAUGGCCAGCGUUGAUCUGCCGGAUAACGAGCGAGAUCCUCUGCAAGGUUGGCAGGUCGUUGCCAACGGGGAAAGCCCGCUGCGCAUCGAUGGUAACGGCAUCUUUGCUGUUGACGACGUUCUCGGAGAAGACGAGUACGACCAGAAGUGUGAUCUUGCUGCCCCCAGUGGCGUGUGUACGUACGCGUGUGAGUUUGGUGGCGGACUGGCGUCUUCUGGCGGACUGGGGUCAAGUUACAACGUGUUGUUACUUAGUGGAGAUGACUAUGUCGCGAGUGUGAGCGGUGUUGGCGCUUUCCCGUCAGAGGCAUUUACAGUGUCGCUCUGGGUGAAGACAACCCAACGAGAUCCAAGUGCUUGUCUCUACUCGUACGCCGUGUCAUCCCCGACGGCGUCCGCUGUGCCAUUGGCACUUUGCAAUCCUUCCAACCUGCAGCUUUUUAUCAACGCAGAGAGCGACGUGAGCGGGCUGAACACGUUUGUGAACAUCAGCGACAACGUGUGGCAUUUCGUCGCAGUUACAUGGAGCUCAGAAGAUGGUCGGGUGCGUGUGGUUGACAACGGGAUGCUAGUGUUUGAUGGAGGACCGUAUCGUACGGGACAGACACUCGAGUCCAGCGGAUUUUUUGUGGCUGGCCAUCUGGUGCUUUCCAGUACAGCACAGGCACCGUGUACUGUUGGAGCAGACGCUCUCGCACAAAGAUACACGGCUACUAGCGCAAUUGACGCUUUAUUUGUCACGACGACGGGAGAUGUGAGCUGCGACGUGGUGGCCAACAGCGGGCUUAAAGGCCAGGUACAGCAUGUCCAUGUAUGGUCACGAAUACUCACGCGCUCAGAGCUGCUUGGGGAACUCUCGUGGCCUCUUCGAGUUGUCAGCAAUGGUCUUGUACUGGGGUGGAAUUUCGACACCUCUCACUUAUUGCUGCAGGGUCGUGUGGUGAGCGAUCUGUCGAUGCAGGGCCAUAACCAGAAGAACCUCGGAGCAUUGCACUGCAGCAAGCACAGUACGUUUCCAUUAGCGCUACUUCCGGUAUCCAACACCUCCAAUGCUAGCACCAGUAGUUGUCUGCUUCGAGGUGAAGUGCCUCGACUUGAUGCCGCGUUUCCUUGUGGUCCAGUGUUCUCCAGCAUUUGGCAUUUCUCAGCCCCUGCAUCUCUCAUCACCAAGCUGAAAGCCGCGUACGGCGGUCGUCUCCAAUACCGUCUCCUCACCCCGAGCUUCAACGGGUCCCCACGUCCUCGUCGUGGCCAAGUGUCUAUCUUCAGCACUACUAGUAUCGGUGCUGUAACGCAGAUAUCUGCUGCGCUGGGCUCGUUCGAUUUACCUUCAGCCUCUCGCUGGACGUACUAUUCAGUCGUAUUGCGCGAAGACUUUGGAUGGAUCGCCGAGCCGGAUGGAGGCGCCCUCACUGCAGCGGAGUUCGGUGCUGUGCUUGAUGGCGCGACAGCGCUCUGGAUUCGAGGUGAUAUAUGGGGCUACGACUCCAGUGGACCAGGACAGGAGGUGGUUUAUCUAAACGACGUCGAGCUGUAUGGACGGUGGUGACAAGACAAGAAAACAUCGAAAUUCUAACGUAGAUUUAUAUUACUUAAGCAAACAAA